UAUGAGCAGGAUGCCUUGAGCUCGCGACCCUAUGCCAUUUACUGGUAAAUCCAUAAUAUACUGUGGAUUAAUAUUGGAGCGGAUACAUACAACAUGGGGGACCUGGAGUGUGGCUUUGAGGAAAUGCAAGGAGUGAGAUUGGGAUACCUGCUCAUCAAAGGCAAGCAAAUGUUUGCUUUGUCUCAGGUCUUCACCGACCUGCUGCAGAACAUCCCUCGGACCACGGUGCACAAGCGCAUGGACCACCUGAAGGUGAAGAAGCACCACUGCGACCUGGAGGAGCUGCGGAAGCUCAAAGCAAUAAACUCUAUAGCUUUCCAUGCCGCUAAAUGCACGCUCAUAUCGCGGGAGGACGUGGAGGCUCUGUAUUUCUCCUGCAAGACGGAGCGGGUGUUGAAGUCCAACAAAAGGAAAGCGAAAGCGGUGGUUUCCCCCGGGGGUGAGGAUGCAUCCCCGGGGCUCCUCCGUGCGGACGCCGAACUGUGGAAGGAAAAAGUUUGGUUUAGUUUGCACGGUGUCCCGGAGACUCUCACACUUCACAACAAAACGGGCAAGAGAAAAGAGCUGACUCCUUGCCUUACCGACUCCAAACUACCUCAAAUUUACCACAAAACCCACGCACGGGAGUUCCGCUCGGUGACUAAGUCCAGUCACAAACACUUUAAAAACUAUGAAACAGCUAAAAUAGCAGGGAACCGUGUUACUUUGAGCCAAAGGCACUCGUUUUUCCGGAGCGCAGUGAGCCGGCAGCCGGUGGUGCUUCAGUCCGCCAUAGCUGCUCAGUCCAGGCUCUCGCGCUCAGCCGGCGACCUACUUCACAAAAGGAAGAGGAGGCGCGAGGGGGGUGGCGGCAGGGACAGCGCGAGGCACUCUUUGAGCAGGAGCAGACACGCGCACCACCACGUACCACCGGUGCUGCUCGUGCAACCAAAAUCAUCCGGCAGUCACGGGACUUCUUUCGGUAAUUUUCACCUCGGGCCGGAUUUCUAUCUUGACCCCAGAUCUCACCACCAUCACCACCACCAGCACCACCAUCAUCAUCAUCACCACCACCACGAACCCACUUUCCCGGAGAGUUAUAGCAGCGACACCGAGUCCAGCACCUACUCGGACCGGGCGUACCCCGACUCGGACUUUGGCUCCGGCCUCUCCACCACCAGCAACUCGGGCAGCUCCGAGGAGGAAGAGGAGGGCGAGGAUGAAGAUGACACGCAGUCAGAUAGUUCAGAGGUCAGCUCAGACGAGGAGGAGAGCUCCUCUCAGUCCGACUCGAGCUCUGUUUCUAGCCGCGUUUCGGUUCAGAGCAUCCGGUUCAGACGGGCUCGCGUCGGCUCUCUCGCCAAAACGGUCAACACUAGUAAAGCACCUUUGGUCCUGCAGCCCACGUUUCACUACAACAAUCCGCAUGAAGAGAAACAACACAGGACACUGGGCCACGUUGCCGCGUCACAGACAUGGGACAGAAGACAGGAGAAACGUCAGAAAUGUGAAUUUAUAUGCAGUGAAACUAGAACGGACUUUGGACACUUACACCCACCACAAUUUAACUCAACUGUUAUGGGGGAAACCUUUUUCACCGAGUCUAAAAGGGGGAAAGUGUUUGAGGCUGAUCUAAACAGGGAUGGCCAUGUGGACGAGCUGGCCCCUUAUUCACCGGGACGCUACCGGAAUAAGGUUUUUCACCCCUCACGCAGGACACCGGGGUAUCCCACCAAGUGCCCCCCGGGACUGAGCGCACAGUGUGACCCGGACAGAGACGCCAAGCUCCCCAGAUGCGCCGACAAAAGGGAGGCCAAAGCCGGCAGCCUAAAACUGCCCCAUCCAUUGAAAAAAAUAAAGACCGAGCCAGAGGAGCUCUCUGUGUCCGUCGCCCCCCACUCGGACAGCGGCAGGGCAGCCAGGACGCCCCCCUUCAACCUCCACAAUGUGAAAGUUAAAGUGGAGGAAAGCUGUGAUGAAUAUGAAUACCAGAGCCAGGCCAAUGUAGUCAAAUGUAAAGGAGAUACGACAGAGAGCAAUGGCCAUUAUGCCACCAAACAUGGGGGCUUCUUCAACAGCGGGAUUAAAGCCACAGAGAAGAGCCCUGAUGUGGCCCCCAGGUCCCCCUGUAGUCCUCCGGAAUGCAGGAGCUCCCAGGACAGCCUGUGUAUCGAGGAGGGGGAGCACAGGAACAAAAACUGCAGGGCUCCGGUGCUGGGGAAUAAGAAACCUCGAGUUUCCCGGAUGCAAACUAAACAAAACGUGCACAGGGUCAACCAUGCUGCCUCUUCUUCUUCCUCUUCUUCUCCGUCCUCUUCUCGUCCCGAGGAUGUAUCCACGGAGGAUUUACCUAGCAGACGCAAACGCAGUAACGCGAGCACAGUAGCAUCGCCUUCAAAAAUGCUUUUCAGCCUGAUGGCAAAUUUCCCAUCCCCGCCGUCGCUGGUUGUUGGCAGCGACGGGGAUUUGUGCCCUGCUUACUCCCUGAACUCGCUGAGGGGCGCCGGGCCUCCCCCUCCGUCCCACCCCGUGUGGAGGUGGCAGCCAGGCGGCCAGAUUCUCCCUCCCCCACACGCUCAGAGAACUAGGAAAUACUGAGCUGGUUUUUAAAACAAAAAACACACAAACAAUAGCCUUCAUCGUGUCCAUCUCCAACCUACCCAGUCUUAACGUGAGCUGACCAAAUUGCUCGCAACUUUAUCGGUGUGUAUUAUUUUUCUGUGAAUGGGUUUACAUUCCGCUUUGUUUUGAAGUUUGAUCGAGGAAAAACCCACACGAUCCCCAUCUGGAGCCUCAGAAAACGCCCACAGGACUGUGAGACUCCGCUCGUGGAUUUAUGCUUAAAAACUGUUUAAAAUAAGCUAUCGAUCCUAAACUAUAUGUUAGGUUAUUGUGUUUACUUGACUUUUUUUUUCUGAUUGCUUCUUCUUCGCUUUUCUAUGCUCGACCUGUUGGAUUGUAUGGUGCCAGGGUUUCAGUGGGUUGUGCUUUGUCUGACAGAGGAAUGGGGUCUAAAACAAACCUGCAGCAUUCCUUGAGAUGAGGCUCCUCUAAUCUAGCUGUGACUGAGAGCUAGUUGCUAAAUCAAAAAAAUAAAUCAGGGUUUCCCAUUCUGUGCCACCUGGUAUAUUUUAUAUAUCAAAGCUGUGUUUCUUUCAGGACUGUCACCAGCUUGGCCACAAUGACCCAUGUGUCCCAAGUUUUCAAUUUCAGAGAAUUAUUAAAAAAAAAAGGUUUAUUAAUGUACAUUCUCACAGAUACGCCUUUAUUAGAUUUGACAGGAAUUUAUUCCUGGUUGAGUUUUUUCUUCUUCUUCCUAGAGUGCUUGUGAUAUGGUUUUCAGUCUUUUCUUUCUGCUGAGUAUUUCUUGGUUCGCUAAUGUGUGACUGUGCACAGACGCAGGCCCAGACGCAACACAGGCCUUAUGUACAGACAAUCAAACAGAACAAGGCUCAGACCUUCAUAGCACGUCAGGUCCCACGAUGGACUCGAUUCACGUCCCUCCUGCUCCACUUGGCCACCGAUUUCUCCUGCACACCACACGUGUGCCAGGACCAGUCUGUAUUUGUGUUUGGAGCUCGAGUAUAAGUAAAGUAAAACAGACAUAAUGCCAAUGCCCGAGAUAGUCUGUGCACGUGAAUCAGCAGUCACUGUGGGGGAAACAGCACCAACACAGCGUCAAACACCUUCUAGCUACUCAGAAACAAUGCGGCAAGGCACAAGAGGUGGGCUUCAAUGCAUUGCACUUUGAUACUGUUGGGGGUCUUGUUUUUAGCUUUAGGGUUUUCUGACUAGCCUGUGAAAUGAUGCCUGAGAGAAGCUUGAAAAAAAAAAGAUGAGACUGUUUAAUUUGGAAGUACACACAAAGGCCAAACUGCGGUUUGCAUAUUUAGGAUUCACCCACAUGUGAGUUUCUAACCAUGGUGGUUUUCUGAUUUUCUAUAAUUUAAUAAUAUGCUAAUUUCCGUGAAGCCACUGUUGUUCAUUAUUCUAUUUUUAGUUGAAGUUAAUUGUCUCGAUUUGCGCUGAAAAAAGCCGAUUAUUCAACACCCAAAAUACAAUCAGUUUUCAAAUAUUGCUUUUUUUUAUUCGUCACCAUCUCAUUAUCUUUAAUGCAGCCUUUUGAAUAUGGCCGCUCAGUGAAUGUAGUACCCCAGACCAUUUCAUUUACUCCCUAAAUUCAGUCACACACCUUUGAACGGAAGUGAAUCCAGUGGUUGAAGCUGCACCUACAUGCAGGUAUUUUAAGUAAAUGUGUAGAUGUUUUUAAUGGCGGUGCAGGACGCGCUCUGCUAAUUGACAGGCUUUUCUGUCUGCGACAAAGAGAGGCCCAGUUUAUGGCGAGCCAGAUCACAACAAACCCAAAGCCCGUGAAUGAUGUCAGCCCCUCACAAGCACAGCAAAGGGUGCAUUCAUUCAGAGGAUUGUAGAAACUAUUUAAUGGGUGAUUGUAAAAAGAAAAAAGAAAAGAGAGAAAAUGUGAGUUUCACUCUGCCUAAAUCAGUGUGGAUACAUAUGUUUAGCCACGCGAUUAAAGCAGCACUCUGCAGCCAUGAAGCCCCAACUCACAGUUGGCCUUAUUUCUGAGGCUGCAGCGACAAUUCAAACUUGAACUUAUAUCCCCAGCCUGUAAACUGGCUAUUUUUGCAGCCGUGACACAAGCUGGUAUAUGAGCAGGCUAGCAGUAAAAUGGAGGGGGUUGCACGGGGGUGAGAGGGGGAGUUGCUGUGUUGCAAGAGCGAAGCUUUCAACCUUUAAUCCGCAUGUCAAAAGCAUAGGCUGCACGGCAUAGGAAGAAGAGGAAUAGCCUGCGCCCAAAGCAGCGCGGGUUUGCCCCCCUGACGCACCAGCCUAUUCUCACGCAGGACUUACAAUGCACGGCUGAGGGAAGGAGAUGGUGGUAAUGGCCUGUUGGGAGGGCCUUUCCACAGUAAAGACAAAUAGCUCUCUGACAGUGACGCUAUCAAUGUAAACAAUUGCAUCGUGCAGCAGCUCGAGGCUGCGUGCACUCUCCCCCUCCUCCUCCUCCACCUCCUCCUCCCCACUUCCCUGCCCUCCUCAUUCACUCAUUUACUUCGCUUUUUGAUACAAUACUUGAGGUCAGGUUUUUGACAUGGAAUUUGAAGUCACUGGUUGUUUAUAUGAAACUGAAUAUUUAUUUUUGUGAAUUUUUCUGGGGUUUCUUGUACAUUGAUUUUUGUUGUUGUUGUUGUGAAUAUUAUAUAGAACAACUGCACUCGAAAUGGAAACUUGAACGGUGGAUUUCUGAAGCACUUUCCCUUUCUUUUCUUUUUUUAUUAUGAAGCAUUCAUUAAACGCGACUGAGUGUAAUUAUCAGACUCUCUUUCUUUUGAGUUGGACAAUCAUUUGUUGUUUCGGAGGGGGGUUAACAGAUUUAAUGAUGGAGAACUUAGCCUGGGGUUUGCAUUAGGAGAGGGUUAUAAAAACAAAGAGGUGAAGUGAUUUUAAAACUUUAUUUUAUAGGGUUUCCCUUUUCUUUCCUUUUUCUAAUGUUUUGUUUUGGAAACACAGCUGCUUUUCACUAUUGAUUUAUGUUGCACUACUUUGCCAUU